CGAUGGUGAAACCACGAAACCACUUGCUUCCCGUAUAAUCAUGGUGAAAUUAUGACGGGUCUCGAAGAAUCCAUGUAUGGCUCUCUCAAACGCAGCCUUGCAACGCAGGAAUGCGUAAUUGAUAACGGUCUCGGUUCUCAUAGCUCUUUCACUUCAGCCUAUGGGGAAUAAUUACGAAGACCGAGUCACCGUGCAAAGUCCUAUUGAAUAAUCAUUAUCGUUGAGAUCAGGUUCCGCUUUAAGAAUACGCCUUCUUGAGCACGAGAGCACGAGAGGUUCGGUCCUUGGUCAUGGAACGUGACUGGUUUGAAGUAGGUCAGGACCUGUAUCUUUUGGUGCACGGUACCGUCCACCGCUGAAUGGAAUCUCAUUUAUUCGCAGUCGAUCCGUCGCCAAGUGAAACUACGAAUUAUCGGAUGAUUCUCUCCAGCUGAUGUGAACGAUUCUUUUCUCUCCGUAACAUGACGCAUGCUGCAAGAUCGAGCACACAAGCAUUGACCGUGAUCGUGACUUUCGCAUUGUUAUUUUAAACCAUUCGAAAUGCGGACACGGAUAAAUCUGGCUCGCUCCUUCUGUUGUUUACUCGUUGCCACUUUUAUUGGAGUGAUAACUACUAAUGCCAAGCCAGAACCCAUGGCUAGUUUGACCAGAUCAGAAGAGACCGACUCGGAUAUCCAACUAAAGAGAUACGCCGAUCUUAUCAGAAAUUAUCAUUACACGUUUGGAAAACCGAGGCUUGGCAAGCGAGGUGACGCUGCGCCGAUGACGGAGUCGAACGCUGCUUGGGAGAUCCUGAAGAUGAUUCAAGAUGCGCAACGGCAAAACGAACAGCAAAGGCAAGAGAACAUCAGGCAGAACAAAGAGCAAAUCCUGUUCCGCGACUUUCCGAGCUCGGAUGCCGAUGAGCGCAUGUCACACAUUGCUGGCUUUCUUCCGGACGUAAUCGGCAAAUAUUACGAUGAUGUUCAAUAAAAAUACUCUCAUGUGGCGUUCACCCUCUCCUAACAUCGAGAUAAUUAAUUUUGUUUCGACCCCGAAGUGAAUCAAAGUUCUCUAUUAUCUUGACACGCUUAUGAAUAUUCGCAAUGCUUAUCAAUGCUAAAUUCUGUUCCCUUCUUUUCGUAAUUUUUCGAAUAUUUUAGCAUAACAUUUAGAUA